UUUCAGGCCUGUGGCGCGAAAGCUGAGUCGAAUCCGCGACCGAUUGCCGAAAUAAACCCGCCACAGGUGCGAUGAGCUAAUGACGUAACCGGAAACACGAGGCCCUGAAACCUUGGCCUCGAGUUAUCCCCGUGGCCCCGAAACGCUUAAUCACGAGUGACGUCCGUCACGACGACAUGUCGUUCCUGUUGAUUCGAGGCGGCCGGAAGGGGCCCAUCAUCUGCUUCGUCGGGAUCCUUCUGAUCUUCGCCCUCUACCAGCUGGGCAUCAUCUGCGGAUCCAUGAAGUACGUGCCCACCGCCGUGAUGGUCGCCAAAGAGAAAUACGUGGUAGGCCCGUUCGAUCACAAGAGGUACACGUACGAUCGUUAUAUGCCGCUAAUAUUCAUCGGCGGUGUGCCGCGAUCGGGCACCACUCUCGUACGCGCCAUGCUCGAUGCACAUCCCGAUGUCAGGUGCGGCCAAGAGACCCGAGUGAUCCCGAGGAUCCUUCAGAUGAGGAUGCAUUGGCUCAAGUCCGAAAGAGAGAACCUGCGACUAUCAGAAGCUGGCAUUUCCAAAGAGGUGAUGGACAGCGCGAUAGCGGCGUUCUGCCUGGAGAUCAUCGCGCGACACGCGGAACCAGCUCCGAGGUUGUGCAACAAGGAUCCCCUCACUCUCAAGAUGGGCUCUUACAUUCUCGAUCUCUUUCCAAAUGCCAAGUUUAUCUUCAUGAUCCGCGACGGCCGUGCCACCGUGCAUUCCAUUAUCUCUAGAAAGGUGACCAUAACAGGAUUCGAUUUGUCGUCCUAUCGACAAUCGCUGAUCAAGUGGAACCACGCGAUAUCCAUAAUGUACGGGCAGUGCAAGGAGAUAGGGUCGGACAAAUGUCUGAUGGUUCCUUACGAACAAUUGGUGCUGCACCCGCGUCAGUGGAUGAAGAAGAUCUUGAACUUCCUGGACGUUCCUUGGAACGAGUCUGUCAUGCAUCACGAGGAGUUCAUUAACAAACCGGGCGGCGUGCCACUUAGCAAGGUCGAGAGGUCGUCGGACCAGAUCAUAAAGCCAGUUAACUUGGAGGCACUGACCAAGUGGGUUGGCCACAUUCCGGACGACGUAGUCAGGGAGAUGCCUGACAUCGCGCCGAUGCUUUCUGUCCUCGGCUAUGAUCCUUAUGCUAAUCCGCCGAUCUAUGGAGCGCCGGACAGGCUGGUCAGCGAAAACACGAGACGGGUGCUGGCGAACGGAGAAGUGUGGGCGGCCAGAGCGCGCCAGUUCUCUCUAGAGAAGCUGAUAGAACUGAGCAACGAGGAGGAAACCACCAACACCCCAAACGCGUGACCACGAUUAGAUCUAUCCCUAGACUCGCGGACCUUGAACCUGUACAAUUUCUGUAACGUCUAACGACGCCUCCGGAAGCCAGUUCGCAACGGAAUGCUAGCCGACGAGCGCCAGAGCGAACGUACUUUCUGUCGUUCGACUGUUCCCGGGCGAACAUCGAGGACAGCGGACCGUGACCCAACGAGGAACCAGGGAAUACGAAGAUCUUUCUAGCUUAAGAGUAAGUCCGGAUCGAGCGUACGCGUCAGUGUCUCGAUCCACGUGGCAACCUGACGCGACCGCGAUAAUUGUUAAUCUAUUCGUCUCUGUCUCUCUGUCGCUGUAUAUUUUAAACGGUAGACGUGUCACGCGAAAUGGGAAACGUGUACAUAAAACGGCUUAGUUACUUUACCGUGAUUCGACUUUCGGUCUUUCUCUUCGCGCGAACGAAACGCCAUGUAACUUGUUCGCAAAUCGAUUCCGUUUCGUUUCUCCUUUUAAUCGUUCGCGACCAAACGGAAAUCGUCGGAGACACGAUGAACAAUUUCUGUACAAUUUCGACCAACGGCCAGUGAUAGGAACGUAGAAUGACGAAGUUACGUGUGAAAACCGUGUACCGUGUGAGACGGACAUGCAAGGGUAUCGGUGAAAAGAAGGCGGAAGAAGACAAACGAGGCGCGAUGGAAUCUCCUUUUCCAUGAUAAAACGCGCUACUCGUUUGCGUAUCGUUAACAGCAACGAACAAAUAUUCGAGAUUAACGUGGAGAAUGGAUCUUUAUAGUGUAUCAUGUAUUAUGAUAAAUGACUUUCGUCGUAUUCUACAUCGGAGUGAAGAGGAGCGAUGGCUUUUCGCGUGUGGUACUUGCUGGUCACCAAGCCACAGGAAACCCUUGCGUUCCUUUUGUUCGGUAUGUUUCUUUUCUUCUUUUUUUUCUUUUCUUUUCUACGUUUAUAAAGUAGACUAGCACCAUCAACUAUCGAGGAUUAGGCUAUUGAAAUGUAGAACCAGCGAAAGUUUCUUGUUGUACCGUUCGUAUUAAUAUUUAUAAGCCGCCGAAAAGUGUGAAAGUGCGCCGGAUUGAUGUUCGCGGACGAACUGUUUAGUCGAUUAAUCGUUCCCUCGGUUUGUAAUUUACCCGUGUACUUUCGUUAUCGUCUAUGAAUAAUGGCGGGCAGCGAUGUCCGUCCCGAACAACAUUACGACUCCAAUGGAACAUCGUCGUUCUCGAUCGUUACUAGAUUUCGUCAACCGGCAAUCGAUGCAAAUACAAUUUCGAUGUGGCAUUACGUCAUUCG